AUGAUAAAAUAUAUUUUAAUUAUUUUAUUGAUUAAAUUAUUAUUUUUAAUUAUUAAUAAAAAUAAUAUAUUAAAUAUUUUGUUUCAAAAUAUGAUAAUUAUAUUAUUAAUUUUUUUUAUUGUUAAUUAUAGAUAUAUUAAAUUAAAUAUAAUAGACUUUUAUGCAAUUUAUUAUGAUUUUGGUUUGGAUUUUUUUUCAUUUUGAAUAAUUAAUUUAUCUAUUUGGAUUAUUUUACUAAUAAUAUUAGCAAGGUUAAAGGUAGUUAAAUAUAAAAAUUUUUUAUUUUUAUUUGUUGUGAAUUUAAUAUUCAUAUUAUUUUUUUUAGUUAUAUCUUUUAGGGUAUUAAAUUUAUUAAUAUUUUAUAUUAUAUUUGAAGCUAGAUUAAUUCCUACGUUAUUUUUAAUUUUGGGUUGAGGGUAUCAGAUUGAGCGUAUUGAAGCAGGAAUAUACAUAAUAUUAUACACUUUAGUUUUUUCAUUACCAUUUUUAUUAAUAAUAUUUUAUAUAUAUCAUAUAUCAUAUUCAUUAGAUAUUGAAUAUCUUAAUAUUAAAAAAUUAAAUUUUGAUUCUUUUUUAUAUAAUUUUGUUAUGAUAAUUUUUUUUGUUAAAAUUCCUAUAUUUAGUUUACAUGGUUGGUUACCUAAAGCUCAUGUGGAAGCUCCAGUUUCUGGGUCAAUAAUUUUAGCUGGGGUUAUACUUAAAUUAGGGGGAUAUGGGAUUUAUCGAUUAAUAUUUAUUAGAGAAAAUUUAAUAUCAAAUUAUAUAAUAAGUAUUUUAGUAUUUAGAUUGGUUGGUUCAAUUUAUUUAAGUUUAGUUUGUUUACGUCAGGUUGAUAUAAAAUCCUUAGUUGCUUAUUCUUCUGUUGUUCAUAUAGGGUUAGUAAUUGGAGGCUUAUUUUCUUUAGAGAUUAUUGGGGUACAAGGAGCUUUUUUAAUAAUAAUUUCUCAUGGAUUGUGUUCUUCUGGAUUAUUUUGUUUAGUUAAUAUAUUUUAUGAGCGAUCCUUAAGACGAAGAUUAAUUAUUAAUAAAGGUAUAUUAUCUUAUUGUUCUCCAAUAAUAAUAAUAUGAUUUUUGUUAUGUAUAGGUAAUAUAUCAGCUCCUCCGAGUUUAAAUUUAAUUAGUGAAAUUUUUUUAUUAAUAAGAUUACUUAGGUUAACAAAAUUUUUAGUUAUUAUUUUAAUGUUAUUUUUAUUUUUUAGAAGAUGUUAUUCAUUAUAUUUAUAUUCAUAUGUUUGUUAUGGUAAAAGUUUAUUUUUAUAUAGAUUUACUAGAUUUUCAGUUCGAGAGUUUUUUUUAAUUUUAAUACAUUUAAUUCCUUUAAAUUUAAUAAUUUUGAAAAUUGAUAUUUUCUAUUAG